AUGGCUGCAAUACAUCUGUGGUGCGUAGUGACAAUUCUAUCGAGCACAGUCAGCCUUUCGGCUGGGUCACAACUCACGGCAAACCCAUCGCAUUCCUACUGUUACCAGCUUAUCAAUGGCCACCGGUACCUAGAACCGGGCACAUCGGUCGAUCCCAAUCAGUACUAUCACGCGUACGCCGUCUUAGCUCCCACACAAACAAAUUCCACAACCUGGAAGCUCAUCAACGCACAUCCCACCUGCUUUCACCUGUGCAACGUCCGAACCGGACAGUACCUCAUGGUGGCACCCAACAACGGAGUCUACGCGGUCAACAAAACCCAGCUGCUUUCGAACCCAUUUGCCGCCUUCAUCUUCGGACCAUCGUAUCCGGACUGGCCGUCCCGGCGUGCUCGUAUUACCAACAUGCUAAAGAUGCAACCGCUUUGUGCAUCCUCCAAACAAGAACUGAUUUCCCAAAAGCCACUAAUCGUUGCUUCGUUGACCCAAGCGGGGCAAGAGUCGACCGGCGGGACGGCAUGUGAGUGGGAGCUAGCUGAACAGCCAUCCUGCCCCAGUGACGAUCUAUGCUAA